AGCAUCCGAGAGACCCGACAACAUGCCGAAAGGAGGUAGAAAAGGAUGCCACAAGGGCCGGAUGAGGCAGUACACAAGUCCAGAGGAAAUUGAUGCACAGAUUAAAGCAGUGAAUGAAAAGGCUCAGGAAGCAGAAUUUGAAGAAAGCGGAGGAGGAGCAGCUGGAGUUCCAGCCAAGCCAGACCAAAGUUCAGAUGAGAGCGAUGAAGACGAAGACUAUCAGCAAAAAUGUAAAGGAGUGGAAGGUCUGAUAGACAUAGAGAAUCCUAACCGGAUAGCACAGUCUUCCAAGAAGGUGACACAGGUUGACCUAGAAGGACCAAGAGAACUUUCGAGGAGAGAAAGAGAGGAAAUUGAAAAGCAGAAGGCAAAAGAGCGCUACAUGAAGAUGCACUUAGCAGGUAAAACUGACCAGGCAAAGGCAGACUUAGCCCGCCUAGCAAUUAUCCGGAAACAGAGAGAGGACGCAGCAAAGAAAAAGGAGGAAGAAAAGAAAUUUAAAGAUGGAACAGUAGCAACGGCUAAAGGUGUUCAGUCAAUGUCCCUAAAUAAGUAGCUUUUCCGCAGCUGAGCAGCAGAGACAGGAUCGCACCUCUUGGAACAGUGUUGCCACUUGGCCUGUUGAAGUGACCAACCAUCUCCCCUGUACCAUCUUCCCUGUUCCCCAUGCACCAUUUCUCACUGAGCCGGCACAGCGUCUCCAGCCCAGGCAUACAGCAGUCAGAGACUGGACAACACUUUGCUUAUAUAAGAAAUUCCUGCAAAGUGCCUGAAAGACUUGGGUUCCUAAAGAGAGGGAAAUAAAAUUUGGAAUUCAAAUAAAAA